AUGAUACAGAGUGAUGGGAGCCAGCAGCGGCAGUUCCUGCGCCGCGGAGAACCCGUCGCUGGGGCAACACUCCCUGUUGACCCCUCCAUCGUAUUUGACGAGGUGAGGGGCACGCUUGUUGCCACACAGCUUGGUAGCCAGCAGGCAACACCGUCCAUGUCACGGCAGCGCCCUCGCUUCGCCACCGCCCGCGACCUCGACGACGCGCUGCUGCAGGCCAUUGAGGGCAAAAUCACCCGCAAAAACGCGUGGGCGUCGAAGGACGCGAGCAACCUGCUGGAGGGAAUCACCCACACUGUUGAGAGCACACUUGACUCCGCCACCGCUGCCGACGAGUACUCCAGCUUCGCAAAGGUGGCGACGGUUGUGGAGGGCUGCUCGAAGGUGUGGACAAGUCGUGUAGACAGCACGUACCAGCGCUCCAACCAGAUGGUCCGGCGCCUGCUGCGCAACGAAGAGGGCGACGGUGGCGCCGGUAGCGACGACGAGGGGAAUGGUGAGGACGGCGAUGCUGCCGCCGCCGGCAGUCCAGCAGCAAUGGCGGCAGCCGAACGCAAGCGGAAGGCGGCUCAGCGCCGUGCACAGUCGGCGCGCACGCUCGCACUGGACCCGUCGGAGAUCAACCUCGACAGCAAGGCGCGUGUGGCCCUCGUCCACACCGGCGUGAGCGCGCAGUUUCGCGCCAUCACAGAGAAGUUCGACCAGGGAAAUGCACAGGGGCUGCUUGUGCACAACACACCGAUUGGGGGCGCCGGCAAUUUGAUCCUCGACGUGGACUACGCCCGUGAGGUUGGACGUGAGUACUCUGCCCGGCAGAACCGGCUCUCUGGCGGCUCGCAGCGCGUGAAGCAAGAAGCACAGACAGAAGAAACAAGAGUGUCUGCUGCUUCUGCGGAGGCUGUUCUAGANUCCGAUCUCGGCCUAGACGCGCCGCUCGAUUUGCCGCCGUUCCCGCCCGAAGUGGUGUUGGAUCCGUCCACAGGGCACAGCCCGAACUCCGCGGAUGGCGGCUUUGGCGGUAGAAGCAGUGGAAACAGCGGUGGGGCGGACAACAGCACGAAGGCGGAGGAAGAGGCGGGUCGGCCGUCCAUCAGGCUGCCGUCGCUGCUGCUACUGCCACACACCGCAGCGCUUAAGGAAGAGGAAGAGAUGCGGUUCGGCGGCGGGAUUGGUGUUACUGCCGACGGACAGGGCGAGGGGGAGGAGGGGCAGCAACGCGGGAUGCCGACAGAAGCCCCGCUGUUUUCCCAGCAGUAUCCACACGACGGGGGCUACAACGAUGAGGUGGACGGCGGGGACUGGGGUGGUGGCAUGGACUAUGGUGAUGAUUAUGAUUACGAGGAGAAUGACGACAGCGGCAUCACCGGCGGCGAUGCAAACAAUGAAACGCUACGCGAGCGCGUUGCUGUGGAAGCACAACACCUGGUUUCGGGCGUGGCAGAGCUGAACGCCAUGGAUGGCCGCCUCUUUGGCGAGAAUCGAUUGGCGCUUGAGGCGGAGGACCCCACGUCGUGGUUCCCACUCGUGGAGCCACCAACAAGUAAUUUGAUGGGCGGCGCCACACACAAAAACUCCGAGCUGUUGCGCCUCCACAAGGAGCACCGCCUCGCACAGCAGCCUCCACCCUCACAAUUGUCGUCCACACCGGCGGCAAAGCGUGUGAAACGUGAAAAGACCAUUGCGUUUGACCUUCCGGGGGAGCUGGCCGCCACCACUGGUGCUGCUGCUGAUGCGGAGACUUCUUCCGCCUCGUCUUCCUUUCUCUUCGGUGGGGGCGGCGUCGACAGCUCGGCGCUUAAGCAGAGCACCACCGCCGCGAAGAACGUGACGCCACUGGGGAAGGAGCUACUGCUGGGCCGGAACCCCAGCGCGGUGCUUGCCUUUACACAAAGCGCGGUGCAGCGCACCAAGGCGCAGGAGGCUGGGCUGCUGCU